AAUGAUAAAAACAUUUACAGUAAUAGCAUUUUUUUCUAAAUUUAUAGAAAUACUUGGAUUUAUUUGUCAGUAUUGGAAUAUUGAUAUAUUUUUUAUCGAUUGGGAACAACCAAAGAUAAUAAAUAAUCAAUUUGAUAAACAAAAAACUGAAAAUUCAAUAUCAAAAAUUUCUACUCAAAUAAUGAAUAAAGAUAGUAAUUUUGAUAAUUUACCUAUUAGUAUUUGGAGAACAUAUUUCAUUGCAAAUAAAUGGUUAAAUCUUCAAACAAAAAGAAAAAUAAAUAUUAUGAUACAAUUACUUGCUGUUCUAUGUAUUUUUCAGAUAAUACAAUUGUGUCCAUGGAUUGUUGGAAUACCAGAAUUAACAUUUAUACUUUCUGAAAAUAAUUAUGAUUUUAUUUUAUACUAUACAAUAUGUACCUUAAUAUAUAUUUUAAUUUAUUGUAUUCACUGGUUGAUAUCUAUUAUAUUUUUUGAACAAUGUAUUAUAAACAGAAUAUCAGUGCAUGGAUUUGCAGAUACAGAUUUACCUACUUUAAUUAAUAAUUUGCAAAUGGAAAAAAAUAAUUUAUGUGCACACAGAGGUCUUGUUCCAGGCACAACUCAACAAACAUUUAUAUUAUACUUAACAAAAACUUUCAGAAUUACUUUCAACAAAAACUUAAAACUGACAAAUAUUGUAUGUAUAAUAUAG